AACCAAGGUUUCUCUACCCGUCCGCUGCUUCUUGCAUCCGGCUCAGGAUUUCGAACGGCCCCCAAAUCCGGCUCCAGCUUGCCCUUCCCGAUCUAGCCGCCGUACCUGCGUCCGUAUCCCCACGUCUCCGCCUCUCCGGCACUCUGCUUAAGAACCCCGGUUGGUCUCAAUUGGUGAGAAACACUGGAUCGAAUUGGCUGCCGGGGCCGGGGGUGUUGCAGGAUUCGAUUCUUGGCGGCUGGCCGGCUGCUCGAGCGCUUGACGGAGCUUGGCGAGCUGGGCUUUCUCCAGGUGGGAAAGAUAAUUUGGAGGCAGGAUGGGGCCAGAAAUGAUAGAGCAUUAUGGAGGGUAGGAAGAGGAGGGGAAGAUUCAGGAAUUCUCUCAGGCAGAUGGCGAUGGAGUGUCUGUGCUCCAGUGAGCAGCUGAAUGGGGCUGAUGAGACUGUCAGGUCGUCUGAUUCUACAAUCACAAAAGAUUUCUCGGCCAGCGGGUACUCUUCUAGGAAUGGAGAAAUUGAACAGUACCUUGAUAAUGGCAACAUAGAGGAAGCUGAGUUGUCGCUCCGGGAGGGCAUAUGCCUAAAUUAUGAGGAAGCAAGGGCAUUGCUAGGAAGGCUAGAAUAUCAACGGGGUCAUGUAGAAGCGGCACUCCGUGUCUUUGAUGGAAUAGACAUAUCUGCAUUAGUCCCUAAGAUGAAAAUCUCAAUUGCUAGAAAAGCUGAACGUCGAAAGACCCAUUCACAGUGGGAUUCCCCACCAAUGCCCUUGCAUGCUGUCAGCCUUCACAUGGAGGCGAUAUAUCUCAAAGCAAGAGCGCUUCAUGAUCUUGGAAAAUACAAAGAAGCUGCACGAGAAUGUAGAAUGAUAUUGGAUAUUGUGGAAGCAGCAAUACCUGAGGGUUUGCCACCAGGCUUUGGAAAAGGUUGCAAACUGAAUGAAAUAAUAUGCAAGGCUGUAGAGUUACUCCCUGAGCUGUGGAAAUCAGGGGGCUUUUCACUUGAAGCCAUUUCUUCAUAUAGGAGGUCGCUUCUCAAUAACUGGAAUCUUGAUGGAGAUACUGUAGCAAGGAUACAAAAGAAAUUUGCUGUUUUUCUCUUAUAUAGUGGUUGCGAAGCACGCCCUCCAAAUCUCCAUUCUCAGUUGGAUGGUUCAUUUGUACCUCGCAACAAUAUGGAAGAGGCUAUUCUUCUUUUGAUGAUUCUGUUGAGGAAGUUCAAUCUCAAGAGGAUUGAGCGGGAUCCCUCUGUGAUGCAUCACCUUACUUUUGCACUGGCCAUGUCAGGGCAGCUAAUUCCACUGGCUGGACAAUUUGAAGAACCGCUACCUGGCGUGUUAGAUAAAAUAGAAUGGUUAUAUAAUGUUGCAUUGUGUUACUUAGCAGAAGAAGAUGAUCUGAGUGCCCUGAAUCUACUCAAACAAAUUCUAAAGGCUGGAGAGGAUUCUGAUCAUCUCAAAGAACUUCUCCUAGCUUCAAAGGCUUGUGUUGAGAUAAGUGCUCAUACUGAAGGUGCUUCCUAUGCACGGAGAGCCAUUGCCAAUAUGCAGGGAGGAUGCGAACAGAUGGCCGGAGUUGCAGAGCUGUUGCUUGGUGUUACGCUUUCUAAUCAAGCUAGAAGUGCAAUAUCUGAAACAGAGAGAACUGCUUGGCAGUGUGAAGCACUGGAAGUGCUUGGGAACGCUGACAAGAAGAUGCACGGGAAAGAUUCUAGGGUAUUGUACAGUCUCAGCCUUGAAAAUGCUGAGCAGAGGAAAUUAGAACCAGCUUCUUUUUAUGCAAAGAAGCUGGUGAAACUUGAGGCUGGAUCAGAGCUGAGGAGUUGGCUUCUUUUAGCUCGAAUACUGAGUGCUCAGAAGCAGUUCGCCGAUGCUGAAACAAUUGUUGAUGCUGCUCUAGAUCAGACUGGCAAAUGGAGUCAAGGAGAUCUCUUGCGAACCAAAGCCAGAAUUCAGGCUGCACAGGGUCAAUUCAGAGAUGCAGUUGAGACAUACACCCAACUUCUUGCUAUCAUUCAACUUAGAACGAAAAGUUCAGCUGCUGGGAUUUACUCGGCAAAGGGCAACAAAGAUGAUAAAGGCCUGGAAAUAGAGACCUGGUAUGAUCUAGCUCUCUUGUACCUAGGUAUGGCACAAUGGAGGGAUGCAGAGGUUUGUGUAUUGAAGAUAAGAUCCAUCAGUCCUUAUUCUGCAUUGGCUUGGCAUGCUACAGGAAAAAUAUAUGAAGCAAAAGGUCUUACAAAAGAAGCUUUGGGAGCUUUUUUCAGAGCAUUAGACCUUGAUCCUAAACAUGUCCCAAGUUUGAUAUCGAUUGCCACUGUUCUACGGCAACUUGGUAACAGGCCAUUGUCUUCUGUACGGUGCUUCCUGACUGAUGCAUUGCAACUGGAUAGAACUAAUCAUGUUGCAUGGUUCAAUCUUGGCCUGCUUUACAAAGAGGAAGGUGGCAGAUCAGCAGUUGAAGCUGCUGAAUGCUUUCAAGCUUCUGCUUUUCUUGAAGAAACAGCACCUGUAGAGCCUUUUAGAUGACAGAUAUAUGUACAAGGGCUAUAGAUUUAAGCUGCUGUAUGUAUUUUUUUAUAUAUAUUUCUCCUAUACUGAUAAAAUAGUGGAUUACAGAGUCCCAGGGACGAUCUUCAGGAGAUCAUAGCAUGAGAAACUGUUGGAAAAGGUUUUGUUUAACAAUUCAAUCUAUAGUUCCAAUUUGUUUCUAUGUAGCAACAAGAAAGAUGAUGCUCUUCAACCUUUGUGUAGGAACAGUGCUUACUAUGAUAUACAGAUAUACCAGUACAGAGUGUCGGUGUAUCUUGAGCAAAAUGCUUUCACAUACAAGAUAUCAGACUGCACUGUUCAUUUAUUGAGAAAUUUAAAAAGAUAAAAUAUGUUCUGGGGUCCUUCAGAGUUCACUUCAGUCUAUCAAAUGUAACCUUUCUUGCAUAUCAAUAAUGGAUUAUAAGUUAUUGAUGGUUUCUCUAUUUCCUGACAUCUUCUGUUAAAAAACUUACCCUACUUAACCUUGUAACUUGACAUGAUGAGCCAAAUAGUUCAAAGUCCACAUUGCACAUACUCUGUCACAGAUAGAAUCUAUACAUACUAUUGUGAUAAUACUGUAUAGAUUUCUCUUGAGGCCUUCCUCUCCUCCAUGGAAGGCCCUUUAUUGCUGUCAACUUGUCAUGUUGCAGCUUAGCUUGUUGCAUCAAUUAAUGUGGCAGAUAUUUGUCUCUGUUGAGCAGUAAUGAGAUGGUAUGCCAGCAACUGAAAUUAAAUUAUGUCACUAUCUUCUGGUCUGGUUUUGCCCAAGUCUGAAGGACAAUUGCUGGUGAACAUCUGGAAAGCUCCACCAUGGAGAUCUUGAGUUGUAACAAUGGAACAAGGAGUCAUAGGUAGGAUGCAAAUUGGUGGUUGUCAAUGCAAUUUUCAAGACCAGUAAGGUUUUUUUGGGCAUCCUCUAUGCAAAUCAGAAGGCAGAUAACCCUACCUUGUUCCUUGAAUCCUUGGUAAAGGCAUCAUGAUCUUGUGUUGGUUGGGCGCACCACUGUAGAGCUAAACCAUUUCUAGAUUUGCCACGCCCCGUUUUGUUGGUUGGUGAGGGCUAAUAAUAUCCACCCAAAUAGCAGAUAUAUGCUUGAGAGCCCAAUUUCCAUUGUGCAGCAAGUUUUCUGUUCCAUAGCUGUUCCCUAUUCAGUGAUGCUAAUAUGAGUCGUGUGCUAUGUAUCCAA